AUGUGGAGAACACGCUUCACAACUUACGGAGCUGCAACCAACCUCAGUUGCCUUGUAGUGAGCUCCCAUGGAAACUGGGCAGCAAGCAUCGCGCAUAAGGGUACCGACACUGCGACGGAGCUCAUCAUCUGGGAUACGGAGCCGGGCAUCCCCGUACUCACCGAGUGGUAUGAAGAACACCACCCUGGCGGUUACGAGCCCCAUUGCGUUGCAUUUUCACCCGACGAGACGCAAUUCGCGUUUGCUUCCCCCACAGCCAUCCACGUGUACUCUCUCCCCCUUGCGACCGGGUCUACGAUAUCCAGAAAUAUCCCCCAGAGAAUCGGGCGCCUUCCACUGGACGCUACAGACACGCGUUUUGUCGGGGUUCUCUGGUCGCUGGACGGCACACAGAUAUUUGUUCAAGACGCCCUGGCUCGAGUGCAUGUCUGCGACGCUUCGAGCUUCGCGCAUCUCCGCUCGCUCCUCGUACCAUCUUCCGAACUGGCCGAGAUUCAGCGCGAGAGCCGCUUCGAUCGGUCUUAUGGUUUAUCCGCAGUCGGUCAUCAUAUUCUUUCAACUCUACGAUCCCGGGACGACGAGGAGAAGAGCUAUAUCUUUGCUUGGGAUUCGAGCACUGGGACCUGCCGUUACAAGUCGACCGACAGCCAGAGCCCUAUUCUCAGCAGUAAAUUGUGGAGUGGAACACAAGGGGAAGAUCAGUUGCAUAUCAUCUCAGUACACAAGGAUGGAACUCUGCGCAAAUCGAAGGUCACACCAACAGUCGAGGACACUCCCAUCGUCAUGCAGUUGUUCUCGAAAAGCAGUAAACGCUUCCCUUCCUCACCCUUCACCGCCGACGGUGCUCAUCUCCUAGUGCCGCUGGACCCCCAGUCAUUGUCGGUGGUGGACACGAUGACCGGGUCCACGCUUUUUCGUCUCCGUCGUGCCCGGGGUAUCUAUGGCAUGGAGUGGUCCGCAGAUGGGCAGACGGCAAUAUUUGAGGCCGAAGAAAACGUGAUCUUUACCUGCUGGAUCUGGAACAUCGAAGAGGGUACCACAAAGGCCGUCUUUCGGUGGCCAGACGGUCGCAGGUUUGGCCUACUCGGGAUUUCCGCAGACGGGUCGAUGGUCGGAUUCUCGAACUAUCUAGGAGAUGUUGUUUUCCGCCGUGUCAGUGACCUCAUGGCCUCUGCUUUGUACCUGUAG